AUACACAUCAGUGAGCAAUCCGGCGUUGCGCGCACGAGACGCCACAGUCGCAUCUAUGGAGCGCUCCUGCCGCCUGUCCUACUAUUGCAUGGAAUGAAAGUGUAAUAUGACAUAGAAGCAAGACGCCCUGGCACUUCAAAAGGAAAACAUACCUUGCAGUCUACACCUCAACACUCGCGACUUUCCAACGAUACCGACUUGAAACUUUUACAAGAUACCCCUCCCCCCCGCACAUUACACACACACACACACCGUUCCUCCACUUUGUAUCCGUUCGUGUAAAAUUCCCUCGGAGCUUUGCUGCUCAUUUCACUCCGGCGGCUAGAUGGACGAGGAAGAAGCCGCAGAAAGGAUGCCUCCAGCCGGUGUCCGACCCCGGACUCGCCCGCCGCAAGUGAUGCUGAACCAGAAAAAGAUUAAAGCGAGACGGAAAAAGCGGAAGGAGCUGGUUUUGAUCCAAAUAUGCUUGUUGGGAGGGAUGCUUCUCAUCGUCAAGGGGUUCUCCUACCUAGCAGAAAAUUCAGGUUAUGACACAUCCAGCCCCACCACGUUUGAUGAUGAGCGAUGGGGAGGCAGGAAGCUACUGCAGGAGGUGGACACAUUGGACAGUAAUAGCAGCAUGGAAGAGGACGAGGAAAAGAAAAACUGCACCGAACCAGCUUUGCACGAGUUCCCUACAGAUCUGUUUACCCACAGGGAGAGGACAGAAGGAGCUGUGGCCCUACACGUCCUGUGUGCCAUGUAUAUGUUCAUUGCCCUGGCCUUGGUUUGUGACGAUUACUUUGUCCCUUCGCUGGAGAAGAUAUGUGAGCGUCUUCAUCUCAGUGAGGAUGUAGCAGGGGCAACCUUUAUGGCAGCUGGAAGCUCCGCCCCUGAACUCUUCACCUCUGUCAUAGGGGUCUUCAUCACUAAAGGAGAUGUGGGUGUGGGGACCAUUGUGGGAUCAGCAGUCUUCAACAUCCUCUGCAUCAUCGGAGUGUGUGGAAUCUUUGCUGGCCAGGCUGUGAAGCUCUCCCAUUGGACACUACUCAGAGACUCCGCCUACUACACGCUCUCUAUCGCAGCCCUCAUUGCAUUUAUCUACGACGGUGAGGUUACAUGGUGGGAGUCUCUAGUCCUGAACGUGAUGUACCUCUUCUACAUUCUAAUCAUGAAGUUUAACGGCAGAGCCAGGCGCUACUUUGACCGACGGAAGAAGAGCUCCGUGAGUCUGGCCAACGGUCUGACGGGCAGCACUGACCUGGAGGACAAUGUCACCUGUGAUGCCACCGCCGUCCUGCUCAAGAAAGCUAACUUCCAGUGUAAGCCCAGUGUGCUGAUGGUGGAUGAGCUACUGUCAGCCUACCCCCACCAGCUGUCCUUCUCUGAGGCUGGCAUGAGGAUCAUGAUCACUAGUCACUUCUCCCCCAGGACACGAUUAACCAUGGCUUCACGCAUGCUCAUCAAUGAGAGACAGAGGGUGAUCAACACCAGUGAGACCAGGGUCAACCAACACAUCACCAACGGAGACUCAGACUCUGCAGCCGCCAGGGCUCCAGAGAGGCGGGGUCUGGAGAACGGCAGGACGGGAGGGGCCGAGAGAGGGCUGAACGGGAGAUGCCUAGGUCAGGGGGUCCUGGAGUCGGGGAAUGAGACGGAAAACGAGAACGAGGAUAAUGAGAAUAAUGAGAACGACGGAGAGGAGGAGGAAGAGGACGAGAACGAAGGACCUCUGGUCCCUCACAGACCACCAGCGGGUGUGUGUAACAAGAUGAAGUGGCUGCUGUGCUGGCCUCUGUGCCUGCUCCUCUUCUUCACCAUCCCGAACUGUGCCAAGCCACGCUGGGAGAGAUGGUUCAUGGUCUCCUUCGUCACCUCCACCAUGUGGAUCGCUGGCUUCUCCUACAUUAUGGUCUGGAUGGUGACUGUGAUUGGGUACACGCUUGGCAUCCCUGAUGUCAUCAUGGGCAUCACGUUCCUGGCGGCGGGGACUAGUGUUCCAGACUGCAUGGCCAGCCUCAUCGUGGCACGCCAAGGUCUGGGAGACAUGGCCAUCUCUAACUCCAUUGGCAGCAAUGUGUUUGAUAUUCUGGUGGGCCUUGGCCUGCCCUGGCUUUUACAGACCCUCUGCAUUGACUAUGGAUCAACUAUCUCUCUGAACAGUAGAGGAUUGAUCUUCUCUGUUGCGCUGCUCUUGGCCUCAGUGUUCCUCACAGUGCUGGGCGUCCACUUAAACAAAUGGACUCUGGACCGUCGACUGGGUCUGACCUGUCUCCUUAUGUACGCCGUCUUCGUCUGUUUCUCCGUCCUCAUUGAGUUCAACGUCUUCAUCUUCGUCAACCUGCCCAUGUGCCGCGAGAUCCUCUGAUCCUUGUGCUCUUCCUCCUCCUCUUCCUCCCGCUUUUGCUCCUGGAGGAUGUCUUUGCCACAGGUCUUUGCUCCCUGUCUGCUCGCCCCACCCUCGAGUGGAUUUUUAUCUUGAAAUAAUAGUUGUUUAAUUUAUCUUUGGUGCAAUACAAGCGAAAGAUGAACGGAGAUUUGCGUUCGUCUGGUUUUGGCUGGAGAAGAGAAGACGUAAGAGAACGUUCCCAUUGGAACAUGAUGAGGUCAAAGGUCAACCGAACAGGAAGUAGUAGUGACUGCUUCCUGUUAGCUUUCUGUUGCCAGGUAAACUGAAGACAUUGGUUUGGAUAAACUAAACUGUAUUAUCAUCGACGUCGAUGUAUAAGCUGCUAACUGACAAAAAGAAAAUGAUUGGCCAAUGGCGGUUGAUAGCCAAUAGGAUUGUGUUAUUUUCUUACUCUUUGUACAUGUUUGGAUAUAAAUAUUAUACAUAUUGUUUAAGGUGUUUUAAGUUAAGAUGGAUGUGCGACAGGA